UGCAGCAACGAAAUGACUAAAACACACGUAGUUAGCUAGAAUUUUGCGGCGUCUGCAGGUUGAAAUAUGCCUGGCUAAUUUUUACUGUACUUUGGAUUGUAUUUAUUGCUUUUAACUGGCAGAAAAAGCCAUUAUGCGUGUUAUACAUUCACGAAGUGCAUUUUGGACUACCCUGGCAUUUUAUAGCGUUGUAAUUUUGACAGAGAAAGGCUUUGGUGACGAAUUUCCUGAAAAAGGCAUCGAUAAUAAUCCAGAGAACAGUAUACCCAUCCCACCAAAUGAGGAGACUAAGGUUAAAGAGGUAGUUCAAGUUAAUGAACCAACCGAUCAAGGAACUUUAAGUGAACAAACUGAUAAUUCAAACUUAUGGACUGAAGAACUAAAAAAAGAGGUUCAAAAUCUUGAAACACAGUCAGAGAAAUAUGCUGCUAAACAAGACAGUCACGAAGCUAAUCAAAACAAGGUUCAUACCAAAAAUGGACAGGAGACAACUAGUGGAGAAAAUGUAAAUGAUGUUACUCAAAGUGAUUCUCCUGAGAAAACUAAGGAUGAAAAUAGUCAGGAAAAUUUACAUGUGCACUCAAGUGAUGAACACUUAAAAGAAGAAAAUAUUAAAUCUGAUGAACAGUUGGGUUUGAGUGAGACUAGUGAGCAGAAAACAGAAACACAGGGCAAGAACUAUCAGUCUGAGGACUCAACUAAUCAAGAAACUAAAGAUGAUGGGUCUGGUUCUGAAGCUUCUCAGCAUUUAGAAGACAAUGAAAUAGUGUAUGAAGAAAUUAAGAAAGAAAAUGAAGAUCUGAAAGAAGAAGUUGGCCAAUUGCUUUAUCAAGAUGCCGCAGUUCUGCUGAAUCAAACAAAGCCUAAUUAUAAGAAAGCAUACAGUUUACUGGAAGAAGCUGCCUUUACACAUAACUACACUAAAGCUCAAGAACUUGUAGCUUUAUCGUAUUUGUUUGGUGAUCAUCUUCCUCGUAACAUUUCCAAAGCUGUGGAAAUUUUGAAUGAACUUGCUAGCAAAGGUUCCUCAGUGGGUCAGCAGACUCUGGGAUUCCUGUAUGCAACUGGUAUUGGUGUGAAUUCCAGUCAGGCUAAAGCUCUGGUUUAUUACAUGUUUGCUGCCUUAGGAGGCGACAUUAAGGCACUAAUGGCUUUGGGUUAUCGCUACUAUGCAGGAAUAGGAGUAGCUUCUAACUGUGAGUCAGCACUGACCUAUUAUCGCAGAGUGUCCAACAAAGUUGCAGAAGAUGUGUCCCUGACUGGUGGAGCUGCUUCUCAAAGAAUACGAUUGAUAGAUGAGGAAGAACAGGGAGGCAGUAGUGCUGUAUUAGAUGAAGAUCUUAUUCAGUAUUAUCAGUUCCUUGCUGAUAAGGGAGAUGUCCAAGCCCAGGUUGGCCUUGGUCAGUUACAUUACCAAGGAGGACGUGGAGUUGACAUGGACCAUGCACGAGCAUUCAGAUACCUCCAGCAAGCUGCUGAUGCAGGAAAUUCAAAUGCCAUGGCUUACCUAGGAAAGAUGUAUUCAGAGGGGAGUACUGCAGUAAAACAGGACAACAAGACAGCAUUCGAGUGGUUCAAGAAAGCUGCAGAUGCUGGAAAUGCGAUUGGUCAAAGUGGCCUUGGCUUGAUGUACAUGUUCGGCAAAGGAGUUGAGAAGAAUUAUGAGAAAGCCUUCCAGUACUUCAAGAUGGCUGCUGAACAAGGUUGGGUAGAUGGACACCUUCAGAUGGGAACCUUGUAUUACCAUGGUCUUGGUGUUAGACGUGACUACAAGAUGGCCAUCAAGUUCUUCAAUUUAGCAUCACAGACUGGUCAUGUGCUGGCAUUUUACAAUCUGGCCGUCAUGCACGCAUCAGGGACUGGAGUCUUGAGAUCUUGUAACAUGGCUACAGAUCUUUUCAAGAAUGUUGCUGAACGUGGACGGAUAGCUCAGAUGUUGAUGGAGGCCCAUGAAGCAUACCGUGCUGGAAACAUAGACACUGCUCUGCUGAAAUAUGCAAUGCUGGCUGAACUGGGCUAUGAAGUUGCACAAAGCAAUGUAGCUUUUAUUCUUGAUCAUGGUCUGACCUCUGUGAUAUUGGAGAAUGAGACAUUUCCCCGUGCCCUGCUGUACUGGACAAGAGCUGCAUCACAAGGAAACACAGCAGCAAGAGUUAAAGUUGGUGAUUACCAUUACUAUGGGUAUGGAACAGAGGUUGAUUAUGAAACAGCAGCAUUCCACUACAGGCGAGCUUCUGAAGAACAGCACAGUGCACAAGCUAUGUUCAAUCUGGGCUACAUGCAUGAGAGAGGACUGGGCAUGAGACAGGACAUUCAUCUUGCUAAACGGUUCUACGAUAUGGCAGCCCAAACAAAUGCUGAUGCCCAGGCCCCUGUCUCCCUGGCUCUGUUCAAACUUGGUAUCUUUUUCACGUGGGAGUGGAUUCAAGAGGUACUUAAACAUUCUGCAUUCAUUGAUGUCACGAAACCUGAGGCUGAUUUGUCUGCUUUGACCAAUGUUGCAGGUCUGACCUCUGUGAUAUUGGAGAAUGAGACAUUUCCCCGUGCCCUGCUGUACUGGACAAGAGCUGCAUCACAAGGAAACACAGCAGCAAGAGUUAAAGUUGGUGAUUACCAUUACUAUGGGUAUGGAACAGAGGUUGAUUAUGAAACAGCAGCAUUCCACUACAGGCGAGCUUCUGAAGAACAGCACAGUGCACAAGCUAUGUUCAAUCUGGGCUACAUGCAUGAGAGAGGACUGGGCAUGAGACAGGACAUUCAUCUUGCUAAACGGUUCUACGAUAUGGCAGCCCAAACAAAUGCUGAUGCCCAGGCCCCUGUCUCCCUGGCUCUGUUCAAACUUGGUAUCUUUUUCACGUGGGAGUGGAUUCAAGAGAAUUAUGGAUCACUAAACUUGUCCAAAUUCACCAAUUUUGUUGGUGACGAUUGGGAUAUUUAUGUAAUGACUGGACUCGCUCUCUUGCUGGGAAUUCUUCUAUUGCUUCGGAGGAGACAAUAGAUCUUUUUUUGUAGAUUUUGUACAGCAAUCUUAUCCAGUAUAGACCCUUUUCAUAAAUGGCUACCAAUUACAAAUUCUUUUGUAAGUAUUAAAAUUAGCCUGACUAACCUCGU